AAUGAACUUUAGUAAGUACAAAGCGGUGCGAACAUACACGUCUCCAGAGGAUUCCUGUGACUUAACAUCAUAAUUCGGUUUUUGAAGGAGGAAUGUGAGAGAUAAAUUGAUAAAACAGCAAUGAAGUACUGGCAGUAUGUGACGGGACUGCUCGUGUUGUGGUUGCUGGUCAUCAUAUACAUGAGUAAUACUGUGUUCCCUAAUGCCAGUGACACAAACUUCAAUGCCGAGCGCCAGUUACAGCGUGCCAUGGAGGAAUUGCAGAAACUUCGCGAUCAGAACAUCGAACUUCACGCCCUCGCCUCAGAAAUAAAAGAUUUAAAGUUUGGACAUGGGGUGAAGAGCACAGGUGCUGAGCUGGCAGAGCUGAAGAGUAAACUUGAUAAAGCUACCAUUGAACUGGAGAUGUUACAAAGUAAAGGAUACAAAAAGAGUGGCAACAGACUCAGAACUGUCAAUAUGAGUGUACCGAGUCUAGAUCACGAGAUGUCACGACGGGAGGUGGAACGUGUUUCCAUGGAGUUUUGGUUGUAUAUACGAAGUGAGCUCAAUAAACUAAAACAGAAAACUACAGAAAGUGAAAUUGUCAAAGAUAUAAAUAAUGUACUGGCUGACAGCUUUGAUUAUCAAAAAAAAUUACAGAAUGAUUUGUAUAAACUUGGUAACACUGUAGAUGGAAUAGGAGCCUGGAGAGAGAAAGAGUCACAAAAAUUAACAGAUCUUGUUCAAAGAAGGCUUUAUUAUUUACAGAAUCCAAAGAAUUGCAAAUCUGCCAAAAAGAUGUUGUGUAAUCUGGGUAAAGGUUGCGGGUAUGGCUGCCAGUUGCACCAUGUUACUUACUGUCUUCUGAUGUCCUAUGCCACUGAGCGCACUCUGAUCCUGCAGUCAGAAGGCUGGAGGUAUGCCACUAAAGGCUGGGAAACUGUGUUCCUACCACUUAGUAAAACUUGUACUUCCACUAUGGGUCAACAGGCAGUCAGAUGGGGGCCUGGCAGUAUCAUAGAAUCAGCACAGGUUGUCGAGCUACCAAUUGUAGACAGCUUGUCCCCACGUCCAGAUUAUCUCCCACUAGCAAUACCAGAUGACCUUGCUGAUAGGUUACUACGUUUCCAUGGUGACCCGUCUGCAUGGUGGAUUGGUCAGUUAGUGACAUAUCUUACUCGACCAAAUGAAAUGUUGAAGAAUGAUCUCACAGAAAGCAAAAAGAAGUUGGGAUUUGAAAAUCCUAUUGUUGGGGUUCACAUAAGAAGGACUGAUAAAGUGGGAAUGGAAGCACAGUUUCAUAGUGUGGAUGAAUACAUGACAUAUGUUAAUGAAUGGUUUGAUAUUUAUGAAAGAAGACAUCCGGGUGUUCAACGUAGAGUAUAUCUGGCAUCAGACGACCCAAAUGUACUAACUGAAGCUAAAAAUAAUUAUCCGCAGUACAAGUUUGUUAGUGAUAACGAAGUAUCAAAGACAGCUGGGUUAAACAGUAGAUAUACAGACGCAUCAUUACGUGGGAUUAUUCUCGACACCCACAUGCUCUCAUUGUGUGAUUAUCUUGUCUGCACAUUUUCAUCUCAGGUGUGUCGUGUUGGAUAUGAGUUGAUGCAGCCACUUCAUGGUGACGCCUCACAGUGGUUCAAAUCUCUAGAUGAUAUUUAUUAUUUUGGUGGUCAGAACGGUCAUCAGUGGGAGGCUGUUGUUAGUCAUACACCGAAAAACAAAGACGAAAUUUACCUGAAAGUAGGUGACUUGGUUGGAAUAGCCGGCAACCAUUGGGAUGGCUAUUCCAAGGGAAAACUUGCCACUUCACAUAAAUCUGGGUUAUUUCCAUCAUAUAAAACAAUCAAUAAGAUUGAAAGAGUGAAAAUGCCUACAUACCCGGAAGUAAUAGAAUUAUGAUAGUUUCACUCUGUAUUUUGGGAGUGAUGUUUUAAAAAUAUCAAAAUUUGUGAUAUUAUUGUAUGGUAUUUUUUGGAGGAAUGAUUUUGUAAAUCAUUGCCUCACUGUAGAAAUAAUAGCAUAUUUGAGCCGCGUCAUGACAAAACCAACAUAAUGUGUUUGCGACCAGCAUGGAUCCAGAGCAGCCUGCGCAUCCGCGCAGUCUGAUCAGGAUCCAUGCUGUUCGCUUACAAACCCUAUAACAUGUAGAGAAACUGAUAGCGAACAGCAUGGAUCCUGAUCAGACUGUGCGGAUGUGCAGGCUGGUCUGGAUCCAUGCUGGUCGCGAACCCAUUAUGUUGGUUUUGUCGUGACGCUGCUCAUUUGUUGUCUAUUUUUUCUUAAGCUUUUUUUUAACAAAGUAAUAAAUCAGCUUGUAGUCCUAAGUUGUAAUAUAUGUGUUUAACCUUUUAUAAUUCCCAAAUUCAAAUUAAGAAAAAAAAAUCUCCAAAGUGUCAUUGCUAGUCUUAACAAUAUUUUGUUUUUAACAAUUCUUUUUUCAUCUGAAACAUAUAUAAUGUAGAGAUUAGCAAAAUCCUGAAGUAAGCAAAAUAACUUGCCUGUUUUAAAGAUAAUUUCAUAGAAACAUUGUAUUAAUAAUAUCCUGCAAAAUUUUUAAGAUUGUGAUGAUUUUUGUAAAGGCUGGGUAUACUAAAUGUUUUGCAACCAUUUAUGAUGGUAAAAUUUGCCUAUGUUUUAACAGGUUAUACACAGCAAAUAUAAUCAGGUAAACACUAUAGGACCACUGUUGUGAUACAUGUACUAAGAAGGAAAACUUUUAAACUAUUAAGGUUUUUUUAUUUCAUGAACAUUAAAAAGUAUGCAUAUUCUGAUUGAUGGGUAUAAUUAUAUUUUACAUGUUCUUGUCAGUAUGAUUUGUUCACAUGAAAUAUGUGAAUAUUUUAUUAACUUGAAAUCCAUGGAAAAAUUUGUGAUUUUUGUAUCCCUCUUGGUAUGCAACAAAAAUAAAAGUUCAAUUUUUUGUUGAAGUUUUUUUCUUAUUUCAGUAAAGGAAAUCCUAUUUUUUUUAAUGAACUAAUAUGUCUAUCUGCCGAGUGAAAUCCAUUUGUUUAUUUUCAAUGAAAGUAACAUUAUAUAUCAGCUAUGUAUUAUAUAAAUUAUGGACGCAAUAUUAUAUAAAAGUUCCCAUUUAUAAAAAGAGACAAAACAAAAGAUUUAUUUUAGUCUUGAGUGAAAGACCUUUUAUGUCUUUAAACUGUGUAAAAACAGCAAAUUAUUUUGUUACAGAUUUUUGUUACAUUUUUUGAUUUAUUAGAUGACAUUAUAGAAAUGAUAAAGUGCCAAAUCAUGGGUCACAAAAAUUUGUACAUUUGUUAAUUUUGUGUUAAUGUAUUUAUUGAGUGUAUUUUAGUUGAAACUUUGUUUUUAAGUUGACUCAGAAUACACCUAUGACAGCGAAAUAAUUGUCUCAUGUUUACUGACUUUAAAUUGUAAAAUAUUGAUAUGACUGCAGUUAUUAAUUAUAAAGAUUUUUGACAGGUUAUAUGGCCAUAUAUAAAUGAUUGUUUGAAAAUAUACAAGAGCCACUAGGCAUGGGUUAUAUUGCAAACUGCCGUUUAUAUAAUGCCAUAUAACCUGUCACAAAUAUUUAGAACCAAUCAUAUAAAACAGCAAGAAUCUUUUUUAGAAAAAAAAGUGAGAUUUGAAUCAUUUCAUCAUAAAUUGACUGCAGUUGUGUGUAUGAAUCUAUAUAAACAUCAUGCUUAUCCAAUGAAAAGCGAUGUUACAAACUUGCUGUAUUAUAAAAAAAUAUUUGACCAGUGAACUGUGGUAUGUCUUACAUUGACUUAUCCGGCUUUGGAAGUUUGGAACUGUUGAUUAUCAAUUUCGGGUAUUUCAUAUGUCAUGAAAAUUUAGACAACCAACAGUUAGAGCCUGGAUGGACAGCACAUAUGUGUAGGCUGGCCUGGCUGUGUACUAAUGACAAAUUAGGACAGUCACUUUCUAGUCCAGAAGGUUAUAGAUUAAUUAACACUUCAGUUUAAAAGUGCUGAAAAUCAUGUGGUCUAAAAUUGUUUUUCUACCUGGAAAAUGGAGAAGAUAAUGCAAUACGAUAUAUUUAACAGAAGAUGCUAGAUAUAUUUAUACUUUGCUUUUUUUCUGGGGUACAUGUUUUUAAUUUUCUGUUAUCUACUUUAACUUGUUUUUUUUUUAAGUUUUAAUUCUUUUCAUUUACUGAUUGUUUUUAAAAAUAAUCAGGUUAAUUAGAGGACUAGAAAAGAUAGGGUGGUGGUGAAUUUACUAUUUGAGUUAAUCAAUCAUGCCAAAUACAUUGCAAUAAAUACAUGGAAAAACUGACAAAUAAGAAUAUCAAUACUUUUAUUCUUUUGUGUGUAUUUUGGUCUGAAUUUUCUACUUUUAAGUUCUUAAAAAAAUAGCAAUUUUUAUAACAUGGUUCUCUGUACAAAGUAGGAAGUAGUAUGUUUUAGAAAAAAAAACUAUUUUGGUCACAUGCUUUUCUAUACUGAUAAGGCAAUAGUAUAUUAUAGAAAAAAAACAAACUUAUUCAGGUCACUUGCUUUUCUAUACUGGUUAGGUAGUAUGUGAUUUAGAAUAUAACUUAUUCAGGUCACAUGCUUUCCUAUACUGGUCAGGUAGUAUGUGAUUUAGAAAAUGACUUAUUCCAGUCACAUGCUUUCCUGUACUGUUAAGGAAGUAUGUGAUUUAGAAAAAUUACUUCGGUCACAUGCUUUUCUAUACUGUUAAGGUAGUAUGUGAUUUAGAAAAUAACUUAUUCUGGUCACAUGCUUUUCUAUACUGGUUAGGUAGUAUGUGAUUUAGAACAUAACUUAUUCUGGUCACAUGCUUUUCUAUACUGGUCAGGAAGUAUGUGAUUUAGUAAAUAACUUUUUCCGGUCACAUGCUUUUCUAUACUGUUAAGGUAGUAUGUGAUUUUGAAAAUAACCUACUCUGGUCACAUGCUUACCUAUACUGUGAAAGCAAUAUUAUAUUAUAUAGAUAUGUUUUAAAAUGAUUCAUGAUUAUAUGUUUACAUAUCAGAUUGUUCAUGCUAGAACAUAGUUUGAUGAAUCACACAAAUCAUGUAUGCUUGUAUCUAUGUUAGAAUAAGUCCUUCAUUAAACAACUAUCUACAGCUGUAGUGAUGUUCUUUUUUUACAAAAACCAUCACUGAUAAUUUUUUGGUCAAUUUUGAAGAAAUUUGUAAGAUAUUUGUCAAUAUAAUUUGUAUAUUUUUCUUGUAAUGUAAAGGAAGCAUACAUUAAUCUAGGCAUGUAUUUUAUACUGUUAACAGCUUAAACUUUUUAUCACAUUUUGAGAAACGCUUUGUUUUUAUUAUAGUGAGGGAUGUUCAUUUCAAGUAUUUUAGGACCAGUAUUUUGUUAUUUAGUGCCAUUCUGUUUAUUUUGUAAACCUGUUUUUGUGCUUUUAUGUUAUAAUGUAAACUUGUCAUUUUGCUUUUGUAUUUUAUAUAUUGCAAUAGUAUUGUGAAAGUUAUAUGUUUUGUUGUUAUGAUCUUUUAAUAUCAACAUAAUUGUUCUUACAAGAAAUACGCAGCUUUAUUUUAUUGUCUACAAGUCAAAGUUUUUGACAAUUAGAUAGAUGAGCUAGUGACAUUGAAUAAUUUAGUUAUGAUUGAUUUUUGAUGUGUUUUAUUUUAAAUCAUGAAAUGCUUACUUAUGCUGUUAUCUACAUUAACUAUUUAAAGCUUUAAUGGACAUAGUAAUAUCAUAUUUUAUCUAGGUUUUACUUUGCUUGCAGUUCUAUCAAUAUUAAUUAGUUUAUGAUGACACUUAUAUGUUUUAUAACAUCUUUAACUUGCAAAUGCUUCUUGCCAUUUUUUUGCGUAAUUAUUUUUACACUACUGAACUGUUUGGUGUACUAAAGAAAAUUUUUUAUAAUGUACAAGACAUUUUUACUGUUUUAGAAAUCUUACAGUACUAGAAUUCUUGAUUAUAUGUACAGUAAGCCUAAUGGUAUUUAAUUUACAUAUUUCAACAAAAGACUUGAACAUUUAGUGUUAUUAUUACCGUAUGUCUGUUGGAUUAAGACGAGACUUUGUCGCCAGUAUAAAGUCUGACUAACUGGUACAUAAGUCUGACCAGACUCUAUACUGUUGGUAUCUCAAAUGGAAAAACAUUAUGCCCAUCCAAGAGUGUAGAGUCCGUGAACAUGUGAAAGUCAAAACAUGUUAAAUUUUGUCAUAAUUCCUUUCAAUUUUAUAAUUUACUUUGCAUGAAUGAUAAAUAACUCAUGUGGCUCAAUGAAAUUGCUGAAAAUAUCCAUUUGAAUUUAACUGUAAUGUUUGAUUUAUUAAAAGAAUGGGGCAGUCUUUUUAUAUUUUACGCAAAUUUAUAUUUUACUCUAAACAUUUUCCAAUAUCAAGCAGUAACCAAUCACCAUUAUAAUAGUCAGUCUUUUGAAAUAUAUAGUGAA